AUGGAAGAGGUGCACAAGAGCAGCAGUAACAGUUCAGUGACGCCUUCCCAAACGUCAGCCGUACAAGGUACAACACUACAGGCAGCUCAGCUCUCUCAUAUUGCUCAACAGAUGUCUCUACGAGGUCCUGCUCCCCUGACAGUUGUUCAGCUUCCUGGAGAACAAGUCCAGGUCCAAGGAGUCAUCCAGACAGCUCAGUCCUCUUCUGUAAUCCACUCACCCCAGGUGCAAACUGUGCAGGUGUCCUCUUUGUCUGAGAGCGAAGAUUCUCAGGACUCAUCAGACAGCAUCGGCUCUUCACAGAAAGCUCGAGGCAUCUUAGCUCGUCGUCCAUCCUACCGAAAAAUUUUGAAAGAUCUUUCUUCUGAAGAUACACGUGACAGAAAAGGAGAUGAGGAGAGUCCUGGUGUCUCUACUGUCACAUCUAUGUCCGUUCCCACGCCUAUCUACCAGACGAGCACUGGACAGUACAUUGCCAUCGCUGCCAAUGGGUUACAGCUGGCCAGCCCGGGUGCAGAUGGUGUGCAAGGGCUGCAGACACUAACGAUGACAAAUGCUGGUGGUAGUCAGCCUGGGACAACGAUCCUGCAGUACGCACAGACGUCAGAUGGGCAACAGAUACUCGUACCCAGCAACCAGGUGGUGGUGCAGACUGCAUCAGGAGACAUGCAGACUUACCAGAUCCGCACCACGCCGACGACCACGUCCCUUCCUCAGACGGUGGUGAUGACAUCUCCUGUCACUCUGACGUCGCAGACAAGUAAGACGGAUGAUCCGCAGUUGAAACGAGAAAUAAGGCUGAUGAAGAACAGAGAAGCUGCUCGAGAAUGCCGCAGGAAGAAGAAAGAGUACGUUAAAUGUCUGGAAAAUCGAGUUGCAGUCCUGGAAAAUCAGAACAAAACUCUAAUUGAAGAGCUAAAAACUUUGAAAGAUCUUUACUGUCAUAAAAGUGUGUAAGAAAAGAAGGUGAAACUUUUGUGGACUGUUUAAAUUUCAGAGGAGAAAUUUUUUUUUUUUUUUAUACUGAAUUUUUUAAACUAGAUGAAAGGUCAAAAAUGAAACUUUUCUACCUAGAUUUCACAACUUAAAGACUCUAUAGAUUUUAUUUACAACGUGUUGGUGACAAAGUACAAACAGGAAACAAGAAAACCUCACCAAAAUUCCUGUUUUUUUUUCUGGCACAACUGGAAACUUGAUAAAGUCAAGAUUGCAUCUACAGUAAAAGGACAGUCACGUUUUACGAGGCAGGUGAUUAGAAUUUCUUUGCAAAUUUCUACAAAUACCUCUGCUAAUGGAGGCAAUAUUUGGUGACA